AUGGGAGAGGCUGGAAUGGUGCAUAAGCACGAACAAGAACAUGUCGAUUUGGCUGUAUGUGGUAUAUUUGAUAUAAAACCGACUAGCCCAGGACAGUUAUCUUUUCACCUUUCUCCUCUCUCUAGAUCCAAUGCUAAUGUUAUCAAUCCAACUCAUCCUACAGCACAUUUCCCUAAGCCAGGGCUUGAAAUAACAACAUCAUCUGGUUCAGUCCAAUCCCUUCCUCCAUCAUCACAUUUCUCAAGGUCUGGUACACAGUCUCCAGCACAAUCUUUACCCUGUUCUACCGAGACUGAGACAAAGAAACCACAAAAGUACAAGAUCAAGUCAAGUUAUAAGGCUUUUGCAGCAAUACCAACAAACACACUGCUUUUGGAGCAGAAGGCCAUUGAUGAAGCAAUCAGUGACUCUGAGGAAUCUCCAGCAGCCAGCACAUUUGGGAAAACCCACUCACAAUUCCUACUUGAAUCAGAGAGUCUCAGGCAGCAGUCUGAGGAACUGUAUGCUACUAUUGAGCAAUUGCUCAAGGAUCCACUGCCAAUGCGUUCCUCGAGUUCUACUCCCAACUCCUUGCAGAAGCUUCAAUACUCAGAAGCACACAAAGCCAUUAAUCCUGUGCAAAAAUCAGUUGGGAGAGAAACUAAAUAUGCUAACCUCUAUCUGUCAGCAUCGGAGUCCACGGAGAGUACGCCUACGAGACCUGGUGUGAUUCGUCCAAUUACUAUUGUUCAGAAGGUGCCUGCAGUUCCAAAGAUGAAAGAGAACAAUCACAACCCGUUCAGAAAACACCCUGAAGAAUAUGGUGAUACUGAGCCGCGUCACUCAAUAACCACAAUCCAUGAAAACGAAGCUCUGGGGAUCAAUGAGCUCACUGAUGCAACGACAGAACUGAACCGGGAUCAGCAUCAAAACCAUGGCAGUCAAAGGAGACUUGAGAGAUCGGUACCACCAAACACUGACUACAACCAGGAAGCAUUGGUGGUCUUAGAAGAGGAGUAAGAGCAAGCUGUCAAUCAUGGGCAGAGGUAUAAGACUCAAACUUGCCACAUGCUGUUUCACGAAGUAGCAUAUCACCUUACUGCACACCAAAGGGCUUUUUUACUGUAAAUUUGUAUUUUCAGACUGGCAUUUUAUGAAAUCUGUAGUCAGCAUACACCAUUAUUUGAAGGAAAAUUCUCUGAUGAUCACAUAACAUCAUUUAUUUUGUGUACCAGAAUCUUUCAAAUUUGUCACAGACAUGCAUCGUACUAACUCAAUAUUGCUAAUGAUCAGCCACAUGUUUCUGUAAGUUGAUAAGUAGCUGACACAUUUCUACACAUCUCUGGAAAUUAGUCUCAAUAGUGACCAUGUUCUAGGUCAGUUGAAAUUUUGGGCAGGUUGGAUAUAUUAAAUGCUGAAAAAUUAUUUGUGUAUGCACAGUGCAUUUGCUUUUGAUGUUUUGCAGUCAGGCUCAAAUACAUUUUGAAAGAAAGAUGAAACUCAUCAGUAAAGCUUUCAAUGGA